UCCACUGAAGCUUUGGAAUUCAUGAAGAGAGACCUGGCUGAGUUCACCCAAGUAGUGCAGCAUGAUACAGCCUGCACUAUUGCUGCUACGGCCAGUGUGGUCAAGGACAAACUGGCAGUGAGUAUAGGAAAGACAGAAGGUUCCUCAGGUGCAACUGAAAAGGUGAGGAAAGGACUCUCCGACUUCCUGGGUGUCAUCUCGGACACGUUUGCUCCUUCGCCAGAUAAGACCAUUGACUGCGAUGUCAUAACUCUGAUGGCAACACCCACAGGUACCACAGAGCCCUAUGACAGCGCCAAGGCUCGUCUCUACAGUCUUCAGUCAGAUCCAGCCACCUACUGCAACGAACCUGACGGCCCUGCUGAGCUCCUUGAGGCCUGGCUCUCUCAGUUUAACCUAGAGGAGAAGAAAGGAGAGAUCUCUGAGCUGCUGGCUACCAGCCCUUCCAUCCGAGCACUCUACAGCAAGAUGGUACCUGUGGCAGUUUCUCAUUCUGAAUUCUGGCAGCGCUACUUCUAUAAAGUGCAUCGCCUGGAGCAGGACGAGGUCCGGAGGGAAGCUCUGAAGCAGAGAGUGGAGGAGAGCAUGCACCGAGAGGAGCCAGGCUGGGAAGAGGAUGAAGAGGAAUUUUUGGGAAUGUCACCCCUGCCUUGUGCAAAUUUGAAAUUUCCAGAAGCAGCAGAGAAAGAGUCUGCCCCUGCAGUCCUGGAGGGAGGCCACCCCACCCCCCUCAAGGGAGCUGCAGAGGAAAGCUGGGCUGUCCCCUCUUCCGAGUCACUCCCAGCAGAGGGGAGCCCUUCUGAGAGCAGUGAGAGCAUCUCCCUUGUGACUCAGAUCGCAAACCCUGCCUCUGUGCCUGCUGCACAGUUACAGACUGGAGCACAACCAGCUGGGGCCCAGGACCUCUCCCAAAGGCUGCUGGAGGCCACCUCAGAAGAGCAGGGCUCCCUGCCAAAGCCUGCAGAACCUGGGCAUCCUUCUGCAGCUGCCCGAGAGCCAGCAGCAUCCUCAGAGCGGCCAGCUGUUACAGAGCUCAAGGAGGUGGAGAGCAAAGCCCAGGGCAGGACAGAGACUCUGAAAGAGGAAGGACCAACAGAUUUACGAGUCUUUGAGCUGAAUUCAGAUAGUGGGAAAUCCACGCCCUCCAACAAUGGCAAGAAAGGCUCCAGCACUGAUAUCAGUGAGGACUGGGAAAAGGACUUUGAUUUGGACAUGACUGAAGAGGAGGUGCAGCUGGCGCUCUCAAAGGUGGAAGUAUCUGGGGAGCUGGAAGAUGAAGAGUGGGAAGACUGGGAAUAAAGCGACUGCUUCCAGUGUGUGUCACAGGCUCACUUCCACCAUCGAAUAUGAAUUAAAUCACAGACCGGCUAUUCCUUUGUGUGUAACUCUGCUGGGGAUUGCAGUUCCAGGUUGGCGGAGUUUCAUCCCUGCUAAAUCCUGUGGGCAACUCAAAUGUGACCUGUUCAGAUCUGGAGGAGGAGGAAGCAGGAGUUCACUUGUAGACUUAGCUGCUAGGGAACCCAUCUUCUCAGUAGAUCCUAGAGACUUGGCAAGGCCAAAACUGACUGCCCCUGACAGUGGUAUGGAGGCAAGCGUGGUGCAGUGAGGGGUCCCCGGGAUGAGCUGGGCACUGAGACACCAGCAGGAUUGCUCGGUGUCCCCAGACUGCCAGUUGGCUGAUUGUCUGCUUGUGUGUGCGCGUAACCUACCAUACAGCAGUACAAAGGCUCUUCAAGGCAAGCUGCUCCUGCUCGCUCACUGCUCUGCACUGCCAAGACAUCCCUGGAGAAAGCCCCCGAGUGGGGACUGGCCAGGGGCUGGAGAUAACGCAGCAGAAGUAGCUCCUGCUGUUCCACUCAUCGCUGCAAGGAGAGAUAAUUGGCUUGUGGCUGUGGUCCAAGGCUGGGCCCUGCUGGAAGGAGCCAAGCUCCCUGCCAGUUCCUGUGCUUCUGCCUGGCCUGGCUUUUUGUCUUAAGAAGCUUUUUCUAAUGGAAGCUCCUGUUUCCUGCUGCAAGAGCAGCAGUUUCUCUAAGAGCCGAAGGCUGAUGCUUUCCCCUCUGCAGUGGUCCCAGCUGCACUACUUUCCUCUGCUGGGUUUUGAGUACUUCUAGUUAAAUUCUCCAAGCAAAGUACAGUGCUUGCUGUUACCUGUGGCUUGCUGUUACCUGAGCACUUCUGGGCAGGCAGUGAUCUGGGUCACCCUGGUGGGAGCAGAGCCUCUCCCUUGUGCCCAGUUCAGCCCUUUCAAAGCCGCGGUCCAGCCCACUGACUGCUUCAACCUCUGCCUUGGCUGCAAAGUUCAACUGAUUGUCUCUCAGCCUGGGGGUAGGCAAGUGCAGAUGGUACUUGCUGGCUGAGACUGGCUGUGUGUUAAUUCAUCUGAUACCCUCCCCCAAACACACAAACCCCCAUCUUGGCUGCACCAGGCUUCAUGUAGCUGCUAGGGUUACCAGCCUUGCUGUGCUCACUGGGUGUCCUUCACUUAAACCACGUUUCCACUGCUUGCAAUGCUUCCUUUCGACCCACAGCCUUUGUCCCUGGUGCGGUGUCCUCCUAAUGUUGUAAAAUACCCCUCAGUGGAUGUUGCUAGUAAGAGUUAUCCUAAAGGGACAGAGCCCACGCCCCUGUCUCUGGCCUUUCAAGUAUUGAUUUUAUCCGUGGUACCUAUGUCAUUCUGCCUCUUUGAGGGCUGCUUAAUUGGAGCUAUGGGUUUCCUUCUAUUUCUGGAUAAUGUUAACCUAGGGUACUUGGGGAGUUAUUUUUCCUUUGGGCAGAUUCUUUAACACAGCUGCCUGCACAUGUGUGGGGGUGGUGGUGGUGACUUCAGGCCCAUGCAUGAGAGCUUGUCAGUACUGGAAAAGCCACGAGGUGCAGGGAUCGUGCUGUAGCGCAGCUCCUGCUUCGUGGCGUCGAAGGGGCCCAGCAGAGCCCCUGAGCUGUGCUGUCGCCUUGCCCUGUCCUGGGCUCUGACACGGCCCGAGGAGGCUGCUGUGUUCAUGCUGUACGGAGGCAGGAGCCAAGUUUAGCUGCAGCAGGAAAACCUGUCAUAGGUUGGUGCCCUGAUACUGGUGGGGCUGUUUCUGCUGAAGGGCUGCGUGGUGCUGCCGCGGCAGGGGCUGCCGGGCUGUGUCGCUGUGGAGCGUGAAGGUGUGAGUCCUGGCUGCAUCCCAGGCCCACAGCGGAGCUGCCGAGAGUGCAGCGCUCUCAUCUGUGUCAUUUUUUUUUUCUUUAGUCCAAUUAACCAUUUGGUUGUCUGUGCAAUAUUCUCUCUUCUGAACUAUUCUGCAUCUCCCUGAGCCUUUUCUAGCUGGGGUGAAAACCAGAAACAAUUCUAACAGCUGGUAGUUUUGUAAUGACGACUUUCUCCAAACCUUUUACAGACUUGCAGUUAACAGCAAUUAAAGGAAUUCUACAGAGUCGCUGCCUGUA